GAGAGGUGAGAGUUAUUGGUGGUGGAGGGGGGGUUAAAGUGAAAAGUAGUUCCUGCUCACAUAUUUACAUUUUUAACCCCGGGGGGCAGAAAAUGGGAGUUAACAUUCUCACCUGAGGAAGCCGCGAUCACCCAGAGCGACCAAUCUCCUCUGACUUCACCUCUGCAGGUCGACUACACAAGGGCUGAGCCACCAGAGGAGCACACACACACACACACACACACAGAGAGAGAGAGAGAGAGAGAGAGAGAGAGAGAGAGAGAGAGAGAGAGAGAGAGAGAGAGAGAGAGAGCCUGGCACACACACGGAGAGAGAGAGAGAGUUGCACGGCGGUGAUCUGCAGCAGCAUGCUUCGACAGAGUGAACAACUCCUGCGAGAGGAAUAGACGGACUCCUGCUCUCUGCUCAAGUUCAAGGCUCAUUUUCUUUUUCUGUAAAAAACAAAAAAACAAAACAAACUCUUUUAAAUACAACUUCCACUGAUCUGACUCUACAGCGGACAGCACCUCUUCCUCCACAUAUUUUCCUGCCGUGGAUGAGCGAGAAGCGUGGAUUGUUAUGUUUGAAAAGGAGUCAGGACAGCCACUGGACCAGUCGACUGCAACAGCGAUGCCUUCCAACAAGUACUCUGCUGCUAUCAUGGAGGAGAGCAACAACAUGACAGCAACUGCGGCGGUGAACGGAGACACGCCUCCAGCUGAAGGCCUAUCAGAGAACGACAGCGGUGUGGAGCUGACCAAUGAGAACAGCCCUCUGACUGGAGCCGAACCGCCCUCCCCCUUCAGCCCCAAACAGAACGGAGAUGCUGCUUCGCCUCAAGAUGGUAACCAGUGUUCAGGGGGAAGUAGGAAAAGGAGCAGGAAGAAGUCAGAGGAGGAGGAAAGUACCUGGGACUCCUACAGCGAGGAAAAGGCUUCAGGAGCGUCUCAGUUGGGUUUGAGACAGAGACCUCGACCCAGGACCAUCUUCCAGGCCGGUCUGACGCCGCACACGCACAACAAACCCCGCAGACAGAACCGCAAACAGGAGAACAGCAUGUUACUGUGCGUUGGUGGUCCUCGGGUGGUCGUUGCCGUGUCCAGCGAGGUUCCCGAGGCCCCCCGUCUGGAGCUGAUGGAACAAGACUCCAAAGACUCGGCCCAGAGCAGCAGCACCUCGUCCAGCUCUGAGACCCAGCCGGAGUACAAUGACAACAAGGGUUUUGGCAUCGGCGAGCUGGUGUGGGGGAAGAUCAAGGGAUUUUCCUGGUGGCCUGGCAUCGUGGUGACGUGGCGCGCCACCGGCAAACGGCAGGCCAGCCACGGCAUGAGAUGGCUGCAGUGGUUUGGAGACGGCAAAUUCUCUGAGGUUUCAGCAGACAAACUGGACUCCAUCACUGCUUUCCCCAAGUUCUUCAGCCAGGCUUCUUACACCAAACUGGCCUCGUACCGCCGGGCGAUCUUCCAGGCACUGGAGAUGGCCAGUGUCCGGGCGGAGAAGACGUUUCCUCCCUGUGAGUCAGACAAUCCAGAGGACCAGGUCAAACCCAUGCUGGACUGGGCCAACGGUGGCUUCCUGCCCAAAGGAGAGGAGGGACUCAAACCUACACACAGUGCCGACAGUAACCCUCUGGACCACCAUGUCUUUGACGUUUCACUGCCAGAGUACUUUCCCAGCGCGAAGAGGCCCAGAGUCAGCCUCUGUAAGAACAAGGCCGCCCCCGAGGAGUCCUACUGCAGAGAACAAAUGGUGAAUGAAGUUCUGAAGAAUAAAAGUUGUAUAGAAGAUUUCUGUCUCUCUUGUGGAAAGAUGAGAGCAGCAACCUUCCACCCACUGUUUGAAGGAGGCCUGUGCCAAACAUGCAAGGACGUGUACCUGGAGAUGUCCUACAUGUACGAUGACGACGGUUACCAGUCGUACUGCACCGUCUGCUGCGGAGGUCGAGAGGUUCUGCUCUGCGGCAACGCUAACUGCUGCAGGUGCUUCUGUGUCGAUUGUCUGGACAUCCUGGUCAACCCCGGAGCGUCCAACAACGCUCGGUAUCUGGACCCUUGGAGAUGCUACAUGUGCCAGCCGCUGCUGCAGUACGGCGUCCUCAAACGGCGGCACGACUGGAGCCUCAAGCUGCAGGAGUUCUUCGCCAACGACAACGGACAGGAGUUUGAGAAACCAAAGAUUUACCCAGCAGUCCCUGCAGAGCAGAGACGACCAAUCAGAGUCCUCUCCCUGUUUGACGGCAUCGCCACUGGCUACCUGGUUUUAAGAGAUCUGGGUUUUAAGGUGGACCAGUACAUAGCAUCAGAGGUGUGUGAGGACUCCAUCUCAGUGGGUGUUGUCAGACAUGAAGGAAAGAUCCAGUACGUCCACGAUGUCAGGAACAUCACCAGGAAAAACAUUCAGGAGUGGGGUCCAUUUGAUCUAGUGAUUGGAGGAAGUCCCUGCAACGACCUCUCUAUCGUCAAUCCUGCAAGGAAAGGCCUCUAUGAAGGCACAGGGAGGUUGUUCUUCGAGUUUUACCGUCUGCUGAGCGAGGCCAAGCCCAAAGAAGGAGAGCACCGGCCGUUCUUCUGGAUGUUCGAGAACGUGGUGGCCAUGGGCGUCAACGACAAGAGGGACAUCUCACGAUUCCUGGAGUGUAACCCUGUCAUGAUUGAUGCUAUCGAGGUUUCUGCAGCUCACCGUGCCAGAUACUUCUGGGGAAACUUGCCAGGCAUGAACAGGCCUCUCUGUGCCUCUGGGAUGGACAAGCUGGAGCUGCAGGACUGUCUGGAGCACGGCAGAGUUGCGAAGUUUGGAAAGGUGCGCACCAUCACUACUCGCUCCAACUCCAUCAAACAGGGGAAAGACCAGCACUUCCCCGUCUUGAUGAACGGGAAGGAGGACAUACUGUGGUGCACUGAGCUGGAGAGGAUCUUCGGCUUCCCCGUUCACUACACAGACGUGUCCAACAUGGGUCGCGGUGCCCGACAGAAACUCCUGGGCCGGUCCUGGAGCGUCCCUGUCAUCAGGCAUCUGUUCGCACCGCUCAAAGACUACUUCGCCUGUGAAUAGAAACCACGCGCCACCAGCAAACAGACGCCACCUGUGAAUAAACACCAGCUUUUCUAUCGUGAUACUGGCUUCCAGACUCAUCUGCCGCCAGCCAAACCCUGUAAAGAGCUGGAAGUUAUAUCCACUCUGUCGGCAGGCAGACGGCCAGUUUCACUAAAAAUCAGUGAAGCUGGGAAAGUAGUGAAAGUAGCUGUUUGUGUCCAGACAUUUCUGGAUUCUGGUGAUAAUGCACUGCAGCCUUAAACAUACAUAACACACACUAACACAGAGAUACACAAAUACAGCAUGGGUGAGCACCUUGGCUGUUUAUCACCGAUGUUGUCCGAGAGCGAAGGGGGGUCAAAGGUCAGGUGAAAGUGCAGCCAGUCAGUGUCACUGAUUAUAUCAUCUGUAUUGGAGGCCAGUAGGGUGCAUAGCCUCUGGAGGAGUUUAAAGGGAAAGAAGACGGCACCCACUCCUUUGUUUGGUCUGUGAACAUUAGGACUGUGCAACGAUUUUAUCUGAUUUUGUUUCAUUGUUUUUAAGCUGACAACACUUACUAGUUGUAGAAAAAUAGAGCAACACACAACACCAACGGUACAACUUUUUAAGUGGCUCUGUACCAAAACUGUUUUAUCAUUUCAGAGGUCGCUCAUCCCUCCAUUUAGCUGAUGAUUAAAAUGGCUGACAGGCAGGGCGCUGGAAGAGGCUGUUAAUCUGAACAAAAACACUUUUAAAGCUCACUUGAACCAAAGUCACACAACAGACCGCUGAAGUCCUGCUCUGCUUUUUGGGCCACCUACUGUUCCACUAGCCUCAGUUUAACCUCGUAUUUGUCUUUGUAAAACACUGGGACAUGAUACUGUUCUUUUCUGUCCAUAAUGAAAUUAAGGUAAUAAAUAUCUACAGCUGUACUGGAUGGUAAAAAUCUAGCAUCCCUUUUAAAAUAAAAUGAUUAUUUUGUUUGAUAUCAUAGUGACAUAUCCCACAAGUCUUAGCCACAGAAAUACUGUGAAAGCCUCAUGGGAGCUGUAGUUUUCAGAUUAUUACUAUUACUAUUCAGAUUUAAAUCUGGAAAGAAAAGUUAGUCUCAUGUUCGAGUUUUUCAAAAACACAAUGAAAGACUCCCUGUGUAGGAAAAUACAGAGUGUUGGAAGCUAGUGGAGCAGAAACUAACCUGGAAAUGAGGCAGGAUUUUGGUUUUACACUUUUUGUUCUUUGUUGUUGUUUUACUUUUUGUCUUUUACUUUGAGAUGAGUUCAAAUGAGCAAAAUAGCUUAGUUAAAAAAGAGGAAAAAAAACUUUAAUCAAAGAUUAUAUAAACAUGUUUUUGUAUAGAUAGUGUGAAACUUUUGAGUUAUUCUGUUAUAAUGUCACAGCAACAUUUCCCUGAGAGCUACAUACAAAUACUUGAAUCGAGCCAAUGCAAAAACAGAGACAUAGAGAAUGGGUUUUGUCUUUUGUCAACCAUUCAAGACAGCUAAAGAAAAACUAAGAGUGAUGACAUUUAUCCUACGGUAGAUGUUUAGUUUACUGUAAUGCCAGUGUCUCCACAUGUAGGUGAUCCUGGUUGAAAAAAAUCAUUUGAAUCCAGGAAAGAGUGAGUGUUCCAGAAAGAAAAAAAGAAACAACAAAAUGAUGGGAAACACUGGUGAACACGACAUGUUUUUGUGAACUAGCACUGACUACUUUUUGUUUUUAAGGAGGUUUUCGGUUUCCAGAAAAACUGACAAAAUGACUGCCAUGAAAAUCAUCUUAAUGAUGCUGGUUUUUACUGAGGUCUGUGUGGUGCACAUGCAAACACGAGUGUGUGGAAGUGUUGUCCUGUGAGACUUAAACAAGUUACUGCAGUAAUCAGGAGUUUUACGGCUCUUUAAUAACAAUAAAGGCUGUUUUCUACAGGCCAGUACCAUUACAGAGCUGUUAAUGAAUCAGCUAGUAUAAGUUUUUUGCUUGCAGUUACAUCCCAUGCUGUAUGUUUUUGCAUGUUCACCAAACAGACCAAUUUACUGGACAGUUUUAAUUUGGUACCACAACUCACAGAAACUUGGUGUAGUCCUUUGAAAUAUCUUUUUUGUUGCUUUUUAAUACUGUUGGCUGUCACCAAAUCAAACUAAAUGGGCAUUACCUCAGACAAAGGGGCAACUGUGCAUCACUCCUCCUAUAGGAUCUCUGUUCUGUGAAUAUAUACUGUAGCUUUCUGCCCCCAUAUGCCCUGUAUAUAUAUCAAGCUUGUAUUUUAUCACUGGAACUGUUUUUACACAGUGUUUUGUGUACUGUAUCAAUAGAAAGGUUUACAUGUGUUUUAAUUCAAUUUAAUUUGUUUUAACCAAGAACUACAUCGUUUUUUUGUUGUUGUUUUUUUUACACAAAAUGCACAAGCCUUUUUUCGUGUUUAAAUGACCCGUUCACUUAGAAAUGCAAGACUUCUCUAUGGUGCUCAAAAGGCCCCUUAAAGUGCCACCAGGAACCUUUUUUUACUUUUUAAGUCUGAUUUUAAAGUCAUUUUUAAAAAACCAAAAAGUAAUUGUUUACAUGCUUCAUUAAUACUGCUGAAUCUGUUGAAUGUUUUGCUUGAAAACAGUACGCAAAAAAAGUUUUCCUUUUCUUUUUUGUAACUGCUCCUUUAAGACUUUUUAUAUUGCGAACACAUACAGUAUAUAUUAACACAGUAUAAAGCUUGCUUGAAAUUUGUAAUAUUAUAGCACAAUAUAGAGCAUAUUAAUCAAUAGCUUUUUCAUAUCUUGUAUUAUUUAGAUGUAAACCAUUUGAGUGUGUAUUUGUAGGCUUGAGUGUGACUGAGAUCUGAAAACAGUUUCUACUUGUUUUUACUACUAAAGCCUUUUUGUGAUUUAUCUGUUAUCAGAAUCACAUUUGAGGAUUUUUUUUUUCUUUUUUAUGAAUCUAAAGUGCAAAGGCAUUUCAAAAGAACAGAUUCUGUGCUAUUUUUAUACUUCAUUUGAACUGUUAGUGGAAAAGCAUUGAUUUAUUUUUUUUAUGUUUGUGUACUUCCUAUAGCAACAUAUAUAUAAUUUUUACUCAAUAAAACGCAGCCUGGCUGCUAAAAACCA